GAGUACUUUAAGUUCCACACUGACACUCUUAUCUACAUCACUAUUAACAGGCGCCCAACAGCGCCCUUUGCGAAGCCACCCACCAUACAAGAGACCAUACUCUUCUGCGCCAAUCAGAGAGGUGGACGAUCGGGAACCAUUGCGUAUCUGGCCAAGGCUGUGAUGCGAUUGGUGCAAGAUUCAGUCGAGAAUGAGGGUGUCUGCUUCGUGUCCUGA